AUGGAAAAGCUUUGUCUUCCAACCUUCGACGGUGUAUCCGACCCUUCUGCUCACGUCACAUCCUUCAAUAUCGCGAUGCGACGCGCGAACCUCGCUGUCGAGGAAAAAUACGCCGGCUUUUGUCAAUUUUUCGUCGAAACCCAAGAAGGCAUCGCUCUUAACUGGUUCACCGGUCUUCAGGAGAACUCCGUUGAUAGUUUUCACGACCUCUCGACGGAUUUCCUCAAAAAUUACAUCAUGUUCACUCGACAAGAAGCCACCGCCACAGAUCUUUGGAAUCUCAACCACGCAAACGGGCAGAGCUUGAGAGAUUUUAUGGAAAAGUUCAAAUCCAUUGUCUCGAAAGUCGACGUACCAGACCAUAUAGCUGUGGAGUCGUUGAUGAACACCCUCCACAUUAAGUCACCAUUUCGGGCUGAUCUUUACCGACACCAGACGAGAUCAGUACCGGAUGCCAUCGCUCGAUCCAAUAACUUCAUUCGAAUGGAGGAGGAUACUAGGGCCAAGGCGGCUAAAGAAGCAGCAGGGAAACAGACUCCCGCCCGGACGAACGACGCUCGUCAAGAACCGCGCCAACAUUCCACAAGUGGCAAGCCUAACCAGAAGAAGGGCUACAUGAAUGCUAUAGACGACGGCGAACCAUCGGGUUCCGCCGCAAUGGCGCGAGAGAAGGGGUGGAAUCAUUGGGAUCGAGAUACCAGCCAGCCAAAGUCUAGUUCCCCCGAACCAACAAGCUCGAACGCCGUCGAGCCGAGUAAAUGGUGUUCCUAUCAUGAGGUCAAAUCACAUGAUACGAAGGAUUGCAAAGUCUUAUACGGACACUUCCUCAAAUCCAUCGAAAGCGGGAAGCAGUUAGUAUACGAAGAAACGGUACAAGUUAACGAAGAUGUUCUACCAAGCAAAGUGUUCCAUAAGACACGGUAG